ACAUGGCUUCAUCACCUUCACAAUAUGACCUUAAAGCAUGCUCCAUUUGUUUUGAAAAAUUCAGGUCUCCAAGAUGUCUGCCUUGUUCACAUUUGUAUUGCCAAGGUUGUCUAUCGUCGUACAUUGUGACUUCGUGUGAAUCUAAAGAGGCGCCCAUAGGGUUUUCAUGCCCGCUUUGCAGGGAAUUUAUUCCAUCGCCAGACCCUAGCGACAAACCAGAAAACUGGGCUGAAAAAUUCCCAAUGUGUGAAAUGCUCGAGGAAUGGAACGACUUAAUGGAAUCUAGAAUAUGUUCGGCGUGUCAAAGAGAAAGUGAAGAGGAAGAGGCAACGAAUAUUUGUCUGACGUGUCAAGAUUUUUUAUGUAGAAUCUGUACAAAAUGUCACAGAAGAAGCCGAGCAUCAAGUAAACACAAAAUAAUUCCCAUUGAUGAUCCCAAUGCAAUUAGGGAAUUGACUUCAGCUUCAAUAAAAAUCGAAAAUUGUCAAGAACAUUCUGAUAGGAAGGUAGAGUUAUACUGCAAUGAUCACAGUAAGCCAUGCUGCACUCUUUGUGUCAGCACGGAGCACAGAAAAUGUGACAGCAUCGACGACAUACAGAAAGCUGUGGAGAAAAUAAAGAAAAGUGAUAAUAUACAAGCAUGGCAAGAAGAAUUGAGAAAAUAUGAAACGGAACUGCAAGAGGCAAGAAAGAAUAAUGAAGACAAUAUCAGUGAGAUAGACAAUACCUCAGAUCUUAUAACGGAAGAAACAAAGAAGCUGAAAAAAGAAAUAAUUGAACAAUUGGACAAACUUGAAAGCGAGCACCAGGAUGAAUUGAGCAAAGCUAUGAAGGAGAGCAGGGAAAUGUUAAACAAAAAUAUUGGUUCUCUUUCAGAUAGGAUCCAAUUUACAAGGCACUGUUUAAAAAGUCUCCAGGAAGUAAAUGUAGAAGAAGGUGCUUCUUUCAUGAAGGAAUAUCAUAAGAUUAAAGAAAAUAUUGAGACACUGAAAAAGCAAAUUAAGAGAAGCAUAAAUGAACUCAAAAUCAAGGUCGAAUCAAAUUCAGCAAAAGAACUUGAAAAGAUAAGAAAUGCAGUAUUAAGUUCUAAGCCUCAAGUAAAAAUAUACCGAAGAAACCCAUUCUCUGACAUAGACUUAUUAAAUGCACAUUUUUCUCUUCUUUAUGAUUUUGAUAUACAGAAUCCUAAAAUAUAUGGAGGCACUUUCCUUCCUGAUGGAACCUUCAUCGUAGCAAGUUACAGUUCAAGUAAAACUGGUCUUGCUAAGUAUUCUUUGUCCAAUGAUAAUUCAACACUUCUCAAAACAUUCCAAUCCAACAGUUAUCUUUUUGAUGUACAGUGUGUGGAAAAUGAAUUAUUUGUGACCGACUACGCUCAAAAAUGUAUAAAUGUGAUUUCAAGUGAUACAUUUACUAGCAUUAGAAAAAUUUCAGUUGGAAGUAAUUUAAAACUGUUUGGCAUUUCCGUCUGGAAAGGGGUUCUAUAUGUUGCCUGCAUAACUGCAAUUCUUAAGUACGAUAUGCAAGGGAACUUUAUUCACUCCUAUCCGGUAGAAAAAAUAGUUUUAAAUGUAGCUGUGACAGACAAUGGACACAUUGUGUUCAGUAACAUAAAUACCAAUGAUGUGACAGCCAUUGACAAUCAAGGAAAUCAACUGUGGAAAUAUAGCAGUCCAAAGCUUAAGGAACCCCGUGGUGUUGAUAAGGACAAGAUGAACAAUAUUUAUAUUGCUGGUCACAACAGUGAUAAUGUCCAUAUAAUGUCUAGUAAUGGUACUCUCAUCAGAAUAGUGGAGAAUAUACCAAAGCCUGCUUUUAUGAAAGUGAAAGAAGGAAGUAACAUUUGCUGUGUUUGUAGCCACUUUAAGAAUUUCAGAGUAUAUGAAAUAUAUUGCACACAUACAGAUUAAUAUAAAUUUAUGUCAUUGAACAUUAAAGACAUUGCCAAAAAACAAAUUUGUUACACACAGACAGAAUGUAUGAGUUUAUGACUUUGACCUCAAACUGAAAAGACCUGUGAUAUAAAAUUUCAUUUUAACCUGAGCAAUAGUAAGCCUAUGGAAACAAAAAUGUUACAGACAUAAAGAACAAUUUAGAAUCUACACUACCCCAGGAUGCUUUCACAUAAGUUUCAGCUUUUCUGGCCCAGUGGUUCUUGAGAAGAUUCUCUAUUGUGGCCCCGCCCUACCCCUAGGGGUCAUAAUUUAAACAAUUUAGAAUCUACACUACCCAAUGAUGCUUUCACAUAAGUUUCAGCUUUUUUGGCCGAGUGGUUCUUGAGAAAAAGAUUUCUUAAUGACCCACCCUAUUUUUCUAUAUUCUUGAUUUUCUCCCCUUGGAAGGAGGCUUGGCCCUUGGAUUUUAAAAUUUAUACUCCCCUUCACCUAAGGAUGCUUUGUACCAAGUUUGGUGUAAAUUGACCCAGUGGUUCUUGUGAAGAAGUUAAAGACGAGAAAAGUUUACAGAUGGACAGGUAGACAGACGACAGACAUUGGGUGAUCAGAAAAGCUCAAUGGAGCUUUCAGCUCAGGUGAGCUAAAAACUAAACUCGGCCAAACGUGAAAAACUUAUUUCGUGGAGGGGAAAUUAGG